CGUCAAUGUCCGAUCCUUUCCGGAUUGAUUCACUGCAGAUUUUAUCAGAAGGGAAUUGUGGUGUUCUGUGGUGGACUCUCUUCCCUAAAUGGGGAGCCAUUCGGUGGUAAUGCAGGUUGCUGAAUUUCUAGACUCUACCACUUUCACCCUUCAUACUGUUUAGGCUAGCCUCCCUCGUUCUCCUCCCACCCUCAAAGAACAAAGCCAUUUCUAUGGAAGACCAUCAAAUAGCCAGAAGAGAAACAGCCUAAAAUUCCUUAUUUUUUCCCCCUUGUUCUCUUGCACCACCUUGUGGUCGUUCUGGCAGCAGCAAUAUAUUUUGGCAGCCUUCACAUUUUUAAAUGUCAGUUAUUUUAAUUGUAUAAUAUCUUUCAAUUAAUAACUGUAGCUGUUCUUUAUUGAUGACAGCAAAAACUUUAUAUAGUAAUGUAGGGUUAAACCACUUUCUGUUUCCAAAACAGCCAUUUCUUUGUAUGAGCCACAUAUAAGUCUUAUAACCUCUCAUCCAAUUGACUUUUUACCUUCUGUGUGACUGUGGAGGAUGUCAUGCUUUACCAAAGACACUGCGUCAGGAAAAGCAUAAAAGAUCGAUCCCCUCGUUGAAUAAUUCGUUUGUGUUGCGAAAUCCAUUCAACGGGAAUCUAACUACAUUAGUUUUCCAAGAAAAACAUUGAGCUGUGGUGUUGCCUGGGACAGCAGACCGAUCGACGUGGACGACCCGAGCCGUUGGGCCUCAGUGCCUGUCCAGGCAGCUGGACGCCCUGAACGUGGAGACAGAAAUGGCCGACUGUGUCCUGCUGAGCCGUGCAGAUUAGUACCUGGGUUUCCAGGACGGUAUGUCACAUGACACGUCUGAGGCUCUUCACCCUGGCACGGACGGCCUGCCAUCUGCCCGAGCACGUAGGGCUGCUGAAGACCUAACGCGCUCGUAUUAAGAUGGGACACAGGGAUAAUUGUUCCCAGGGUUCCCUUUAAACGUGGCUCUUGUUUCCUCGUAAAAUGCUUUGCUUGCGUUAUAUUCUGCUAUGUCUUGAAGGCCAGUGAAUUUGACCUGAGGAACUUGUUUGUUCCUCCUGUCGUGGCAUUUGCCGAUUCAGAUGAGUUUAACUAAUUACCUCAAACCGAAUAUAAUGAUGCUACCUUCAGUGGCGAUUUUAGGCUAACUUUGUGAAUGAAUAGUGCGAUACUGGGUCACAUGAUGAUACAUAUCCAAGUAUUCCACUGUCCCAGAACUGGUCUGGGGUGGUGUAGAUGAUCACAGCACCUGACACUGACUGAUCCAAUUUGCAGAUCUCUUCAUCCAGUAUUAGCUUGUUUUGGUUGCCAGGCAAGGAAUCAUGGGAGUCUGGGGCUUAGGCAGUGGGAGUAUAAAAUGGCACUCGCAGUCGUAUCGGGAUUAAGGAUCUUUCAGAGCUUUGUGAGCUGUUGGAUCUCUACCUUCCCUGCAUUACGCAGCCUCGCUCGUAAAACAUGGCUCUCGAGGACUCCGACAUGGACUCUGUUGGGGAGGUUGAAGCAGUUGAGCAUGACGUGGAGACUCCAUACGGCAAAGUCCACUGCACCUUGAAGGGGGUCCCCAAGGGUGAUCGGCCUGUUAUCCUCACCUACCAUGACAUCGGACUGAACCACAAAAACUGCUUCAGCCCAUUGUUCACCCAUGAGGACAUGCAGGAGAUCAUGCAGCACUUUGCCGUCUGCCACGUGGAUGCACCUGGUCAGCAGGAGGGAGUUGCCACAUUUCCAUCUGGAUACGAAUACCCCUCCAUGGACCAGCUGUCUGAAACUAUUCCUCUAGUCCUCAAGCAUUUCGGUCUUAAAAGUAUCAUUGGCUUGGGAAUUGGCGCCGGAGCCUACGUCCUCGCAAAGUUUGCCCUGGACUACCACACCAUGGUGGAAGGACUGGUUCUGAUCAAUAUUAACCCAUGUGCCGAGGGCUGGAUGGAUUGGGCUGCAAACAAGAUCACUGUAUGGGCUCAGGCCCUUCCUGACAUGAUCAUCACCCAUCUCUUCGGGAAGGAGGAGAUCCAAAACAACCAUGACCUGAUUGCCACAUACCGCCACCACAUCCAAACUGACGUCAACCAGUCCAACCUCCAGCAUUUUGUCAAGGCCUAUGGAAGCCGGAGGGAUCUAGAGAUUGAGCGGCCUGUCCCUGGAGGACAAGUUACAGUGAGGACCCUGAAGUGCCCUGCUCUCCUGGUCGUUGGAGACAGCUCUCCUGCAGUUGAUGCUGUGGUGGAAUGUAAUACGAAGCUGGACCCGACCAAGACUACUCUUCUGAAGAUGGCAGAUUGCGGAGGCCUGCCCCAGGUCGACCAGCCCGGAAAACUGACUGAAGCUUUCAAGUACUUCAUCCAGGGGAUGGGCUACAUGCCCUCGGCUAGCAUGACCAGACUGGUGCGCUCCCGCACGGCCUCCGGCUCCAGCGUCACCUCCUUCGACGGCAGCCGGAGCCGCUCGCACACCAACGACGGCAACCGGAGCCGCUCGCACACCAACGAGGGCGGCCGCAUGCGUGCUCACACCGCCGACAACCAGCGCCAUGCGCCCCCCGACGGCCCCGGCGAGAGCACCGGCACCGACCAGGCCGUGCCCAAGUCCACCGAAGUGUCCUGUUAGAGCGGCCAACACGUGCUCCUCGUCCGACCUGUGCUGCCCUACUGCUAGCUGCACAAUAAGGACCACAAUUACCUACCUAAAAAUAAUAAUAAUAAAAAGAAAAAACGCAUAUAGCUACUAUGAAAGGCGCUCCCUUUCCCUCUGCCAAAGAUCCUUUCUUGCGAAAAGGACCCCAGCCACGUUGAUCAGUUGUAACAAAAUGAAACGCACAGGGCUUGGGUUGGCUAGAAGCGGGGGCGGCAGGGGUUGGGGGGAGGAUUUUUGGGAAACUGCUGUGGGCAACCUUGUACAUUCCUGUUCUUUCCCUUUGACCAAUGUAUUUUCCUGGCUCUGGAUUCAGUCCGUUGCAGGGUGGGUGGGGGGGGGGGGGGGGAUGGGUGUUGACUCUCAGUUUGAGAAAUGGAACUUCCUCAAACUGGAGAUUCAGCAAAUAGAGCUACAGGGAACAAAACGAUGCUGUUUGGACGCUGUUUUUCGGAACCAAAUCUAAGGCUUCUAAUGCACCGUCAUAAUCAUUUUUAGUUUGGUAAUCCUUAUAUCUUAUUGGACUAUUUGCAUUCUUUCACAUUUUCAGAUUUCUUUCACUCCACUUAACAGACUUUGAUUAUCUUAGCCAUUGCAUAUGGGUAUAAGUCAUUAUCCUUCGUUGAUUUGCGCUGUUAAUUGAAAUUGAGUUUACAGUAGUGUUCAAAUUGAAGUAUUGCAGUUCAAGGAAAUACGUGUGUUUUCUGUAAAAUCGACUUUCUAUGCAAGCAGUAACAGAAGAACAAAAAAGAAUGUGCCAUCGAACCAGAAAUUGGCAUUUGGAUCGUCUGUGAUGUGCUUGGGGUGCGAGGUGGAGAAGCACGAUGACAGCCUGUGAAACACUUCAUUACCUGCAGAUCUCUGCCAGCUUAUGCAAACCCUGCUCUGUAAAGUUGCAGACCUGCUUAGUGUAGAUGGCGAGUUUUCUUAAUUACAUAAUGGUUUCUAUUUAUUAAAGAAAUGUAACUUUG